UGUUCCUGCGACCAACCACGAAGUUGAAAGCAACCUUUCGUCUUUAUACAAUUUUUUCAUUUCUAUAUUUAUUGAUAACCUUUUGGAUUGUGGUGUCAAUUGAAUUCGUUUUUACUUUUAUAUUCGCUAUUCUGAUUCGAAACAAAUUUCAAUUUCUAUCUUAUCAAUAAAUUACUUUUCUUGCUGUGUUUCAAGAUUUUUUGCAAAAGCAACAAAUUCAUUCGAUCUCGAACUAUCAAAGUUGACAGACGACGACGACGACUACGAAGAGAAGACGGUGUCGGUGUUUUUAAGAAAAGUGUAAAAAUAUUCUUGCCAAAUUAUGUCCAUAACCGCAAAAGUUUUUCGGGGUGGCAUGCGAAUUGCCAGUGGUGUUUCUAGAAUCAGAUAUACCACCAAUCAGCAGUUGAGGUGUUUAAGUUUAACCAGUGUGAGAGCUGCAGAACGUCUGUACACCGACAAACACGAAUGGGUAACAAUUGAAAAUAAAGUGGGCACAGUUGGUAUUUCAAAUUAUGCUCAAGAAGCUCUAGGAGAUGUUGUCUACGCCCAACUGCCUGAUCCAGGCACAGAACUCACCCUACAUCAAGAAUGUGGAGCCUUAGAAAGUGUUAAAGCAGCAAGUGAAGUUUAUUCACCAGUUUCUGGAACGGUUGUGGAGAAAAACACCCAAGUAGAAGAAUCACCAGCGUUGAUCAACACAAAUUGUUUCGAUAAAGGUUGGUUAUUUAAAGUUGCUAUCGCUGAUCCUAAGGAGUUGGAGAAGCUUAUGAAUGAAAAACAGUAUGAAGAGUUUUUGAAGGCAGACGAACAUUGAUUUAUAUAAGUUCCCUUAAAUUAUUUAUAUUAAGUAUGUACACCUAAUUUUUAUUUUGUUUGUUGCUGUAACUAAUUAUGUUUUAAGAAAAGUUAUUGGAGAUUUUUUUUCUUUUUAAAAUUGAAUAUGUACAAAAAUAAACUUGAGUUAUCAGUUGUAAAUAGA